CGGAUAGCAGCGACAAUCGGUACGGUCUCGUCGUUGUCGUAGUCGUCGCUCGAGUAUCUCUGGACAUCGUCUCAAAAUGAGGCGGGCAUUGGGACUGUUCGUGGUGCUCUGCACGCUGGUCAGCGCUGCCCUCGCUGAUCAGGAAAUUUACUCCGACAAGUACGAUUACGUUGACGUCGACCAGAUCCUCGGCAACGAUCGCAUCCGCGAGCAGUACUACAACUGUUUUUUGGAUGCCGCCCCCUGUUACACUCCCGACGCCAAGUUCUUCAAAGAUAAGUUUCCAGAGGCAAUUGUCACAAAGUGCAGAUGGUGUACGGAGAAGCAAAAGAUAAGCUUCGAGAAAAUCGUGUUGCAUUAUACGCAAAAGGAGCCCAAGAAGUGGGAAGCUGUUCUUUUGAGAGCUAUCAACCAAUAUCAAAAGAAGAAGACGACGUAAAUAAUUCCUUCUUGUCUUAAUAGUGCGGGUCGCCUUCAAAAUUCACGAAAAUAUACCAAAUUGUAGAGUUUUUAAAUUCAUUCUUCCUUAUACAGUUACUAUUAUGUUAGUAAAAGAUCAGUUUCUUUUUAAUGAAUCUGAGGUGCUUACUCGGGUGGACAUUAUGAGAGUAAUAAUAGUAUUAUUGAUGAUAGUGGGCUCCGAUUGAUUAAAAUUUUAUCGUGUGAGAAAAAAGAAAUUGGAAACAGUCUUACUGAUUGGAAUUUUCUGUGCGCAGUUGUACGAGUGAGCGUGGCACCAAUUGUUUCUGUUUAAUUUUUUGUUGCUCACCACUCGAUCAUAUUUUCCGUGGAUUGUUUACGUUUUUGUUUUCUCUGCUCGCUAUCGCUAAAUACUACGAAUUAUAUGAGUUGUUUGAGGCAAGUUUUUGUGGGUGUAGGCCCAUGCAAAUGAGAAUUAAAUAAAAUUAUACGCCAGUGA